AUGGGAGUUGCAAGGAAAGACAAAGUCAGAAACGAAAACAUCAGGGAUAGACUAGGCAUUGAAAAGAAGUUGACAGAUAAGAUCAAGGAAAGCAGACUGAAGUGGUUUGGCCAUGUCUAUCGGAGGGAUGAGAGCUAUGUUGGGAAGAGGGUUAUGAAAAUGACUGAGGGGAAACGGAAAAGAGGCAGGCCGAAGAGACGUUGGUCUGAUUGUAACAAGGAAGAUCUGGUAAGUGUGGGGGCUGAGGCUAGAGACGCUGCAGAAAGAAAUUCCUGGAGAAGAAUUGUCCGCACCGGCAACCCCGUUGUGAUGGGAGACAGACAGCCAGUAGAAGAAGAAUUUGAUAAUGAAGUGCUUGUCAUAUAA